AUAGAUACUCGUAACUCCUACAUACUAACCAUUUAAAUUUGGAGUUGGUGUUUUUUAAUGUUGUGUUGCGUCUCCCCUUCUCUCUCUGUGUUUGUUUUUGGCUGUUGGAUCGCCGCCAUUGAAGAUCACCCACCCUUCGCACACGCACCCCUCCCGCUUCUCUUUGCUCCCUUCAAACCCAUUGUUCUUCAAUUCAACAGAGUUAUGAAGACAGAGUCUCCUCAAGUUGGUCUCUCUUCCUCUUUUUUGGUUUUACGAGCUUUGAGAAGGCUGAAAGGAACUUCAAAUAACAAAAAAGAAAAGAUGCCUGCAGAAACAAAGCAACUCUUUGACCAGCUGACUGAAGAUGCCAUGAAGCUGAUGGAGAACGGUGAUUACAAUGUAUAUGAUGAAAAACAGGAGGUGUUUCAGCCUGAGGCAGGUUAGUAUAUUGGGCUCUUCUCCAACUUUUUUUUUGCUUUUCUCUUAUCCCCACACCCCAAUUCGCUUCUUUCCUCCCUCAGGUAAAUUCCCCUAUGUGUGUGUGUAUAUAUCUAUGCAUGCAUUUUCUUUUGCAUCCGUGUUGUUAGAAUGAAGAUAAACGUUGCCCGUUCUGAAAAAUCUAGGUGGUUAUUUAUGGGACUCAACAUUUUUGAAUUCUCCGUUGCAUGUGAGGCAUGUGUGCAUUUAGAAUUGAAUCCAACUAAAGGCAUGUGUGCUUUUUCAUUGGAUUUAUUUGAAUUCAACUAAAGUCAGUCAAUUGAAUCCAACUAAAGCUUGUUUUGAGAAUGUAAGUCAGUAGUAGAAUAUGUGAUUCCAGAAUGCACGUGAGUUCUAGCUAGCUCGCACAAUUUUAUUAGAUCACACGAGCACAGUGGAACUACUUCAGUGUGUUUUUGGUUGCCUUCCCUUUUGAUAGAAUUUAUUACUAUGGGCAUGCUAAUAUGCUAAACAUGUGUGCAUUGGCCUGGGAAAUAUCCAGUGCCCCUAGAUUCCCUAGAUCUUAUCUCUUUUACAUUUCACCCCGGAGAUGAUGCU